UUUUUGUACCUGUUGUUUUCAAAGACUCGACAUUUUUACAAAAAUGUAUUCUCUCGCAAUAUUUUUUGCGUUAUGUGCCUUUUCUUAUGCCAAUAUUUUUAACAUGUCUAUGGAUGAAAUAAAUAGGGCUGAAUAUGUUUUAGAAGGUAUUGAUAUGGCAGUGGAUAAACUAAAUUCACGACACGAUAGAAGAGAAAAUCAAUACAGGUUGGUAUUGGAUUCAAUUCUAAAAGGUAAUCGUCAUGUAACAACAGGGCAACUUGGAAACUACUACUACAUUUACGUAAAAAUGGUCGAAACAUGGUGCCCGAAUACAGAUGCAAAUGACCGAAAGAAAGUUAAUGAAUGUUUAACUAAAGAAGGAGGUUCAGUUAAAGAGUGUAAAUUUGAAUUACAUACAAUGCCAUGGUCUCCAGACAAGUCCAAAAAAGUCCGUGUCACUCAUAUUUUCUGUUAAAAAACUAUGUUAUAUUGUAAAACAUCAAUGCAAAUAUAUUGUUUUUUAAAAAAUAUUUUAUAAAACAUCAAUGCAAGUAUAUUGCUUUUUAAAAAAAUAUUUUUUUAAAAUAAUAGUUAUAUAAAGACUUCAAUAACAAUCAGAAAAAGAA